AAGCAAAUUUCCCAAACGCAAAACCGCAUCCUCUCAUCAGCUUCCUUCCACAUUCGUCUCGAGAUCUCGCCCCGUCGCCAUGGACGCGAUCGACAGCGUGGUGGAUCCCCUCCGCGACUUCGCCAAGGACAGCGUCCGCCUCGUCAAGCGCUGCCACAAGCCCGACCGCAAGGAGUUCACCAAGGUGGCGGCGCGGACGGCGAUCGGGUUCGUCGUCAUGGGCUUCGUCGGCUUCUUCGUUAAGCUCAUCUUCAUCCCCAUCAACAACAUCAUCGUCGGUUCCGGCUAGGCUUACAGGAGUACAGGGCGACUAGCAUGGGAGUAGUGCAAUACUUUUGGGAGCAAUAGAUAACGAGGAUCCUGGUCUUUCGAAUAGUAUUGUUAAUGAAAUUUUUCGUUCGGUUGUGUUUCUGAUGUAAUCGUUGUACUGAGUAGACCUUCUGGAUACCGGAUUCUGAGUAGACCUUUGAAUCCUUGAUGGAUCAGCCAAUCUCGGAAAGGAAGUUUCGUAUUU